UACUCGAGUGCCUUUUCUCAUCGAUAGCGAAACAAUAGCCAUUUCUUCCGAGGGAAAAACACGCACUUUGCAUCACCAUGGCAGAACACACCGGUCCUAAGGGUACGUGAGUCAAAAGCUAUCAGACCUGCUCUCCCGUCAUCGGCCCAAUUUCUUUGUCCUUCCUUCCUCACAUCCAAACACCAUGCGGUCCAUUGUCCAAUCUGCCGUGCGAGCCUCUCGCUCAAGCAGAGCAUUGCGUGCAUUCAAGCCCACACCCAAUCGCUUCUUCCACUCAUCACCACGCUCGCUGUGUAAAGAUGCACACGAGGAUGAUGACUACCGUACUUUUACCCGCGCGACUCUCGACACCGAUGCAUCUUCAAUGCUGACCACAUGAUCCAACAGGCGGCUUUGCCCACACCCUCGCCGAGCGCGUUGAGCAAUGGAGCUCCAGCAUGGUCCAGACCGAUCCCGAGUUCUUCCCCAAGUCAGCAAAGGGCCAGUCACCCAAGAUUCUCUGGAUCGGAUGUGCCGACUCACGUAUCCCCGAAUCCACCAUCCUCGGCCUGAAGCCCGGCGAGGUCUUUGUCCACCGCAACAUUGCCAACAUCAUCACACCCACCGACAUCAACUCGCUGUCCGUCAUUGAGUUCGCCGUUGCACACCUCAAGGUCGAGCACAUUCUCGUCUGCGGCCACACCAGCUGCGGUGGUGUCAACGCCGCUCUCGGAAACACCAGACUUGGUCUGCUGGACAUUUGGCUGCAGCCCAUGCGCCAGCUGAGAAUGGAGCACACGGAUGAGCUGGAGAAGAUGGACACUCAGGGUGACAAGACUCUCAGACUGAGUCAGUACAACAUUUUGCGCAGUCUUGAGGUCUUGAGAAUGAACCCUACCGUUAUCGACGCCAUGAAGGAGCGUAACCUGGAGCUUCACGGUGUCAUUUACCACGUUGAGAACGGCAAGCUCGAGGUUGUCGAGUCUUCCGAGGACGAGCACAAGUUGAAGAAGCGUCUUGCUGCUUUCACUACCCAGCAGGCAGCAUAAGUGCUAUUCACAAGAGUUUGGACACCAUUUUAGUUGUGUGGAGUAAUUCGGAGUAGACUUUUGGAAUCCAGUAUGGAGUAUCACGAUCAGUACGGUACUGGAAGGGGGAGGAAAGACUAUUGGUGAUAUAGUUGGAUGCGUUAGAACAAUGCUGUGUGAUACACAUAAUCAAUCGACUUGCAAAACCAUGCAUACCAAGCGAACG